AUGCCUGUCCGACUCCGUCUUGCUCGACACGGCCACAAGAAACAACCAAUAUAUCAUAUAGUAGCCAUAAAUUCCAAACGACCUCGUGAGGGUAGACCUUUAGAAACUCUGGGGACGUAUGAUCCGAUCCCACGAUUGAGAGAAGGUGUACAAGUCCCACCUUCAGCAAAUGUAUUUGGAGUAUUGGCGGAACAAGAAGGGUUAAUCACCAAGGAGAAGAAAAUCGAAUGGAAUGUGGAAAGGAUUAGGUAUUGGUUGGGUGUCGGUGCAGAACCCACUAGGACUGUAGUGAAGCUACUUGAAAGAGGAGGCGUAUUGACUACACCUCAUAAAUGGCAACAUCAAUGGUCACCCACUCCUACAACAUCGUCGAUAUUACAACAACAAAUUCAAACUCCAUCACAACCGAUAUCACAAUAA